AUGCUCCCGGAAUAUCUGAGCUUGCAUGCAUCCACCGGCGUGCUCGGUCUUUUACACCUCUCCUUUGGCGGAUGGCGUUCAGUCCGAAUUCUCACCCGAGUGAUGAGCUUGGGGAGACUGAUGCUGAUGCUGUUAGUACCAAUAUCUGGCAUAGUUAUUAUGAGUGACAUAAAUACCAAACUUGCUUUUGCUCCUCUGAAGGGAGCGGUUCCAUUCAAAGGUUGGGGCGUCCUGCCCUUCAAUGCCACCCUCGCCAACAAUGUCUCUUUGAUCUCCGACCAAGUCAGUCUCUCCGUGAUGUUCGUCGGUGAUCCUGCUCGAUCAGUAGAUAUCACACCUCGAACGCAACGUCUGACGGACUGCGCCCAAAAUCCAGACUUCCGGACUGCCACAAGAUGUCGAAGGGUCUACUACCUACCGGGCGGCGUGGAAUAUGCCUUUAGUGGUAUCAAGGGAGACCAGAGAAGCGGUGCGCUGCUCGCGAUGAACCAGCAAGGCUAUGUUUUGGAAUACACAGAAGGCGAACCGACCUGGACGUUCGAGGCUGAUGAAUGCCAAGUAUAUGGCUUCCCAUUUGCGGCGUUCCAUCUAUGCAUCGCAAACGAGAAUGCGAGUACAGUGCGAGCGCGCAUCGUUCACUGCCCAACUUCCGUAUCAAGUCCAAACCAGUGCCGAAACGAAAGCGUGACGUCCUGGUACACCAAUCUCGGCUGGUCUGCCAAGCUACAAACCUCUUUCCGCCGUGCCGACGUCGCCUACUCCCGCCAAAAUGGCAGCAUCCUUUCUCACACGUUUACUUCUAACGCAUCACCCAUACCCGUGGACGCUAAUGGAAUGCUCACCGGCCUUAGUCUUGCCUGUGGCAAUUUCAGGGAGCUCACGGAUCUCAUUUCCCUGUUCUUCGGGCCAAUCGACAAUCCACUCUCGCCCACAGGUACGACCGCACACACGGGCGAUUCGAGCGAGUCGAACAACCUCUUCAGCCUUUAUGUUUACCCCGCCUUCGUCUGGUCCUGGCUUAAGGGUGUCACCACCCUCCACAGCGACCCGGCCAUGGCCACCCGCGGAGCCGAGACCAUCCAGUCGCUCCUGGCAGUCAUCUUGUACUACUCUCAACCCUCUCCUUAUGCACGGGGUUUAUCACAUAUCGGCGAAGAAGAAAGUGGGGCGUCAUCCGCAGGAAUCACGCCGGAGAUUCAACAAUUUGCGGCAGACCUUCUGGCGAUCGCGCCGCCGGACACGGAUGUCGCGAUUGCGGCUAUUGGAUGGCAGAUCGAAGUCGGUCGGAGUACAUUGAUUGCAUUCGCGUUGAUGUGUGGGACGGCACUAGUGCUUUGCCUUGUGGUAUUUAUUGUAGGACUGACGCGGUAUAAUGCAGAGCCUGUGCCAGGAACGGGUGUAUUUCCUGUAUGGGACGCAUGGUUAUUAUGUAAGAUCGUGAAGUCCGAGCAGGAUGGUGUAGAGGAUGAACCGAAUAAAAGUCUUAAAGAAGGUAAAGUGAGCUGGGGAGAAGAUGAUAUCAUUGGGCCAAGACCGCUGAAGAGGAUGAAAUCGAUGCGAGUUACACUUAUAGAUAAAUAA